AUGAACAUCCAGGGUCUUGUCCGCGUAAUUGGAAACAUCAAUCCAACCCUCAAUCACCGAAAUGAUAUCGCACCACCGCAACCCGAGCCCAUAACUAUCACUGAACUCCCUCUCCCUCCGGUCGCCCCGAAUACUAAGCCAGGCUCCUGCAUUCACAACACAGGCUGCCUCGACCGGACCUCCUCCCUCCAAAGCGGGAACUUCCUUCCCGACGGCAACCACGUCGUCAUCAGCGCGAACUUCACCGGUGCUCCGGCAUCCCCGAACCCGGCGAGCAUUUAUAACGGUGUCCAACUGAUCAUAGUCAAGGCCGACAACACGACCUUUCCCAACGGCGAUCCGUGGAAAUGCAUUACCUGCGGGGUGCCGAAGAACAACAGCGUGGGAAGCACAGAGCUGCUUUCGUACCCGCAGGCAUUCAAAGACGGGAAGCGCGUGCUCGUUGAAGCGAACAUCGUGAGCUGCGGAGAGGAACUAUUGUCCAGUGAAAAAUGCACCCCCGAGAAAGUCCAUAUCUACCCCAUCCGGUGGGACAACAAAGCCGAUGGAUCAGGACCUGGCGGCACAAUCCGAGAAAUCCGAAUCCACCCAGAUAAUGUGCACAUUGGCUUCAACUCCUUCGGGAUAUCAAGCGGCAAGAUUGACGAGUACGGAUACUUCGGUCGAUUGCGAUUCAACCCAUCUCCCAAAACUGGUACCCCUCGCGUACCCCGCUAUGAGCUCGUUAACGUGACUGUCCUCUUUAACAAGGACGCCUCACUACCAUUCACCGCGAACGGCAGUGACCUAAUCUUCAAACCAGACACAAUCACCGUCGGCGAAUUCCGCGGCUUCACAGGCUCUGGAAAAGAAGUGACUUAUGUCGGCAGCCCGGUUGAAUCAUGCAACAUCGAUCUCUUCGCCGCAGAUCUAACGACCGGCAAAGUGCGCCGGCUAACCAGCCACCCCGAAUACACGGACCCCAUCGACGUCUCUCCAGACGAUAAAUGGCAAGUCAUCCUCGACACCCGCGGAACAGGUCGCCAGAUGUUCCUGGCCGGACUGCGCGGUAUCCCCCCGGUCACAGAUAUGGCAUCUGUCACAGUGACAGCAUCAACCCGGAACAACGGUGCUAGACGGUUCUUCGAGCCCUGGCUUCUCGACCAUGACGGCGAUCGCGGGACGUAUUUCGGACAAAAGAUUAAUGCUGCUGGUGAUGGGAGCCCGGGUAGUAUUAACGAUCCGAAUUGGAAUGCUGGUGCUGAUCCGCGGUGGUCGCCUGGUGGGACUCGGAUUGUGUAUUUUCAGAACUUGGUGCAGGCUCCUGCGUGUGGGGGUAGGAAUCCGCUUCCGUGCCCGAAGUCGACGGAGGAGGGUGGUAGGACGAGUAGGGUUAUGCUUGCGCAUUUGAGUAGUCGUGAACCUAUCAAACAGCGGCAUUUUGAGCCGGUUUCUGAUGAUGUCCCUUGGGGUACGCCGUAUAAACCCGGUGAUAAGAUGCCCGAGCGAACAUACCCCGGUGCCGGUAAUUACACCCUCAAGGGCAAGAACUCCGGCUCCGCGAGUGUGUCGAUUUCCUACGGCCACAACAACCCAUCCAUCAUGACCGUCGGCGCUACAUACUACAACUACUCCGAUGAUGGAUUGAGUUUUAUCAGUGGUUCUGAGAAAGUCAAGUCCACGCCGCUUUCUGUUACGUUGAACCGGGUAGAUUGGUUUUCGGAUAUUGUGUCGACGGGUGAGCAGGAGGGUACGAAGAAGACUGGGCCUGGGGGGUUUCAUUUGGAGAUUGAUGCGAUGACAAACAUAUUUAAUGCGAAUGGGACGCUGACGACGGUUAUUGAUGGGGUGGUGUUUAAGCAGCCGGGUAAUGGAGCUUGA